GAAGGCGGCACGGGCAAAGCGGCAGUGGCUUGGUUUGGCUGGUACUUGGGAAUUCCCGUCCCCAACCCAACAACACCGUUCUGAUUUUUGAAGACAAACAAAACAAAACAAAACACUCUUGCCUUUGAGAUUCCUAAGCUCACCUCUACUCUCUCCCUUCACCCAGGUCCCUUCUUUUACUUUCCUUCAUUCUUCCCUUUUAUGUCUUCAAAUCUAUUCAUGCCAUUCUUUCACCUUUAAGUACCCUUUAAACUGGACUUUCUGCUCUUGUUUUAAGUCUCUUCUUCAAGCUUCUUUCAUCUCUCUCUCUCUCUAUGCCCCUUUUCUUUUUAUAGGGGAUUCUUGUAAUCAUGGAUGUAAAGACAAAGAGGAGAGGUGUUAUGGAGAACGGUGAUGGAGGGGAGGAUAUGGUUUUGGCUAAUUUGAUUGCAAAUGGGGAUGAUGUUGGUCCUCUUGUCAGGAUCGCCUUCGAAAUGGGGCGGCCGGAGGGGCUGCUUCGCCAGCUGACAUAUGUGGUUAAGGAGAAGGAAGCUGAAAUUGAGGAGAUGUGCAAGACUCACUACGAGGAUUUCAUCCUCGCGGUUGAUGAGCUUCGUGGCGUGUUGGUUGAUGCUGAGGAGCUGAAGGGUGAGCUCCAGAGUGACAAUUUUAAGUUGCAGCAGGUUGGCAGCGCCCUUCUUGCCAAGCUUGAAGAGCUUCUUGAGUCUUAUUCUGUUAGGAAGAAUAUGACUGAAGCUAUAGAAAUGUCGAAGAACUGCAUACAGGUGUUAGAGCUUUGUGUCAAGUGUAACAAUCACAUUUCUGAAGGUCAGUUUUAUUCUGCACUGAAAACUUUGGAUUUGGUUGAGAAAAGUUGCUCACAGAAUAUUCUUGCUAAGGCACUCAAAAUGGUCAUAGAGAGGAGGAUUCCUGUUAUAAAAUUGCACAUUGAGAAGAAGGUAUGCAGUCAAGUUAAUGAAUGGAUGGUCGAGAUAAGGAGUUCUGCUAGAAAUAUUGGGCAAACAGCAAUUGGUCGUGCUGUGACAGUUCGUCAGAGGGACAUGGAAAUGCUAGAACAGCAGAGGAAGGCAGAGGAGCAAAGUGCUUCCGGACUAGGUGAUCUAGCUUAUACUUUGGAUGCUGAAGAAUUCGAAGAAGAUUCAGUUUUACAGUUUGAUCUCACACCACUUUAUCGUGCUUGUCAUAUUCAUGAUUGUCUUGGUAUCCGAGAGAAGUUUCGUGAAUAUUACUAUACUAACAGAUUGUUACAAUUGAAUUCAGACCUGGAGUUAUCUUCAGCACAACCUUUUGUUGAAUCAUACCAGACAUUUUUUGCUCAAAUUGCCGGAUUCUUUAUAGUGGAGGAUAGAGUCCUUAGAACUACUGGGGGGCUCCUGUUAGCUGAUCAGGUUGAAACAAUGUGGGAGACAGCUAUGGCUAAAAUGACAUCACUGUUGGAGGAGCAGUUCUCUUGUAUGGAGUCUGCCCCUCAUCUUCUCCUGGUGAAAGAUUAUGUUACUCUGUUUGGGUCUACUCUUAGGCAAUAUGGAUAUGGAAUAGCCACACUUAUUGAUGUUCUGGAUAGCUGCUGUGACAAAUACCACUUGCUUCUUUUGGAAGAAUGUCGGCAACAAACUGUUGAUGUCUUUGGCAAUGACUCUUAUAAGCAAAUGGAGAUAAAAAAGGAAAUUGACUAUGAGAAUAUAGUUUUGUCAUUUAAUCUUCAAACAUCAGAUAUAAUGCCUGCAUUCCCAUACAUUGCACCAUUCUCCUCCAUGGUACCUGAUGCAUGUCGCAUUGUGAGAUCCUUUAUUAAAGGAUCUGUUGAUUACUUGUCUUAUGGCAUACAUUUGAAUUUCUUUGAUUCUGUGAGGAAGUAUUUGGACAAGUUCCUGAUUGAUGUACUAAAUGUAACUUUACUUGAGAAAAUCAAUAGUGGCAACAUCAGUGUACCUCAACUCAUGCAGAUUGCUGCAAACAUAGCUGUUCUUGAAAGAGCUUGUGAUUUUUUCCUUCGACAUGCGGCCCAACUAUGUGGCAUCCCAGUCCGAUCGGUUGGCAGGCCUCAAGCUACUUUAACUGCAAAGGUGGUCUUCAAGACAUCCAGGGAUGCUGCUUUCAUUGCCUUACAGAGUUUGGUAAACACAAAAAUAAAUGAGUUUAUGACCCUUGUUGAAAGCAUUAACUGGAUUUCUGAGGAGACAAAUGAGGGUGGACAUGAUUACAUACAUGAAGUGAUCAUUUACCUUGAGUCUAUCAUGUCCCCAGCGCAACAAAUUUUACCCUUGGAUGAUGUGUACAGAGUCGGGAGUGGUGCUUUUGAGCACAUUUCAAAUUCCAUAGUGGCGGCUUUCUCUAGUGAUGGUGUCAAAAGGUUUAAUGCAAACGCAGUUAUAAAUAUUGAAUAUGAUGUUCAGAUCAUAGAGAAUUUUGCAGAGGAAAGAUUCUAUUCUGCUGGUUUGGGAGAAAUAUACAGUGAAGGUAGUUUUAAGAACAGCUUGGUAGAAGCGCGGCAGUUAGUCAAUCUUUUGCUAAGUAGUCAACCUGAGAACUUCCUGAAUCCAGAUAUAUGGGAGAAAAAUUAUUAUGCACUUGAAAUUAAGAAAGUGGCUGUCAUCCUUGAUAAGUACAAGGAUUCUCCAGAUGGGAUCUUUGGAAGCCUUUCUAACAAAAGUUCAAAGCAAAGUGCUAGAAAGAAAUCAAUGGACGUGCUCAAAAAGCGACUUAAGGAUUUCAAUUGAUGAGAUUUGGAAACAUUAUUUCAUGAUUCAUGGAAUGUAGGGUAUAGUUGAAGUAUUUUGCUUCUUCUCUUGUGGACAUUUAACUUCAUAAUGAACGUGUUUCUAUAUUUUUCUUACUUGUUUGUGCCUUAAAUCUCUAUAUUCUGGUUAUGUGCGUCAUUUGAAUGAAUUUGUCAUGGAACAUUGUAAAUGUUUAUUACUGCUUCUGUGACUGAUCUUUCAUGGAACCAACAAUGGGGAAAUCCAGAAUCCUUAAUGUUUGUA